AGGAAAAUGUGUAAUUCAGAUGUCCUUACACGUAAAUCUCUCUCUCUCUCUCUCUCUCUCUCUCUCUCUCCCUCCGACAGUCCGACUCUUUCCAAAGGCCAGCAUGUACAAAAGGGAAACCCAGACGUCUUCUUUGCUUGCUCGUUGUUGUGCAGAGCGGAGUUUUCUCAAACCUUAGGAGAUGAAGAUCAUUCACUUCACUACAAACCCUAAAUCACCUCUGUGUUCUUCGUUCUUUAGUUUCGUUUGGUGUUUCUUGCUGAUGGGAGUUGGGUUUGGGCAGAAUUCGACGAGGGAAGUGAAAGUGGGAGUGGUUCUCGAUCUCCAUACGACGUUCUCCAAGAUCUGUCUCUCCUCCAUCCACGUCUCUCUGUCGGAUUUCUAUGCGAAUCAUCCCAACUACACCACAAGGCUUUCCCUUCUUAUCAGGGACUCCAAGAAAGAUGUCGUUGCCGCUUCGGCUGCAGCAGCCGUAGACCUUAUCAAGAACGAGCAAGUGAUCGCCAUUGUCGGACCACAAAACUCGAUACAAGCCGACUUCAUGAUCAGACUUACCAAAAGAUCUCAAAUACCCAUCAUCAGUUUCUCGGCCACGAGCCCUUCUCUCGCUUCCAUUCGCAGUCCUUACUUCAUCAGAGCAACUCUCAGCGGUUCUUCCCAAGCCAAACCCAUCGCCUCUGUCGUCAAAUUCUUCGGUUGGAGAAACGUCGCCAUGGUUUAUGUAGACGAUGAGUUCGGAGAAGGCAUUGUGCCUUACUUAGUCGAUGCAUUGCAAGACGUCAACACUCGUGUUUCUCACAGAAGCGUGAUCUCUCCGGAUGCAUCUGAUGAUGAUAUUGGCAAAGAGCUUUAUAAGCUAAUGACGAUGCAGACUCGGGUUUUUGUCAUUCACAUGUUGCCGCGUCUUUGUUUUCGAGUUUUUGCGAAAGCUAAAGAGAUUGGAAUGAUGGAGGAAGGGUAUGUUUGGAUUUUGACAGAUGCAAUGACCCAUCUCAUGGGAUCGGCUGAUCGUAAGAACCUUGAAAACAUGCAAGGAGUUCUUGGUGUCAAGAACCAUGUUCCGAAAUCCAAGGAGCUCGAAGAAUUCAGACUAAGGUGGAAGAAGAGAUUUCAGAAAGAGAAUCCAGGAAUUGUAGAUGCAGAGCUGAACGUUUUCGCGUUAUGGGCAUAUGAUUCAAUCACUGCCUUAGCCAUGGCGGUGGAGAAAACAGGUGUAAUGAACUUAGGAUUUGAUGGUGUGAACGUUUCGGGAAAGGGUACCGAUCUUGAAUCCUUAGGAGUCUCUCGCUACGGUCCAACCCUUCUCCGCUCUUUCUCGAACACGAGAUUCAUGGGCUUAACAGGAGAAUUCGAUGUAACCGGCGGGCAACUACAAUCUAGAAUAUUUGAGAUCAUCAAUCUUAAUGGAAGCAGCGAGAGAGUGAUCGGAUUCAUGACACAAAACAAAGGACUCGUGAAGAAACUGAGUCCCACCAAGGAAGGCCUGGCUCCAGUGAUAUGGCCGGGGAAGUCGAAGUCUGUUCCGAGAGGAUGGGAGAUUCCGACAAAGGAGAAGAAUUUACGUGUCGGAAUCCCACCUAGGAGAGGUUUCGAGGAGUUCGUGAAGGUGAGGAGAGAUCCUAAUGAUAACUCAACGGUUGUGACUGGAUACUCCAUAGAUGUAUUCGAAGCAGCUCUUAAACGGUUGCCUUAUGCCAUCACUCCUUAUUACAUUCCCAUAGAACCGGAAAAGAACAAGAAUUACCAGUUCCCCGGUCUUCCCGAGAACUUGGAUGCAGCAGUAGGAGACAUAACCAUAGCAGCGAGCAGGGCAAUGUACGUAGAUUUCACAUUGCCAUACACAGAAUCUGGAGUGUCAAUGGUCGUGCCUCUGAGGAAGAACAACAAGGACAAUAACACUUGGGUGUUCCUCAAACCUUGGAGUUUGGAUCUUUGGGUCACAACUGCAUGUUUCUUCAUCUUCAUCGGAUUCACGGUAUGGGUUCUUGAGCACAGAGUCAAUGAAGAUUUCCGUGGACCGCCUCACCAUCAGAUCGGAACCAGCAUUUGGUUCUCUUUCUCCACCAUGGUUUUUGCCCAUCGGGAGAGAGUGGUGAGCAAUUUGGCGAGGUUCGUGGUGAUAGUGUGGUGCUUUGUGGUUUUAGUACUGACUCAAAGCUACACUGCAAACUUGACUUCGCUUCUCACGGUGCAACGGCUCCAACCAACGGUCACGAACGUGAAUCAACUUGUCAAGAAUGGAGACAAUGUCGGGUACCAAAAAGGCUCCUUCGUGUUUGGGAUCUUGAAAAAUCUAGGGUUUGAUAAAUCUAAGCUCAUAGCUUAUGAGUUUCCGGAAGAACUGGACGAGCUUUUCUCGAAAGGUGGUAUAGCAGCAGCGUUUGACGAAGUGCCCUACUUGAAGGUUCUCCUUUCACGGCACUGCUCCAAGUACACCAUGGUUGAACCAUCCUUCAAGACUUCUGGUUUUGGCUUUGCGUUCACCAAAGGCUCUCCUCUGACGGGCGAUGUCUCGAGAGCGAUCCUGAAAGUGACGGAAAGCGAGGAAAUGAGACGGAUCGAGAAGAAAUGGUUCGGGAAACGAAGCAAUUGCUCUGAUCCAAACGCACCCCUUUUGUGGAACCGUUUGGGUCUAAGCAGCUUCUGGGGUCUCUUUCUAAUCGCGGGGGUUGCCUCCUCCUUGGCCCUUCUCGUCUUCUUGGCCAUGUUCUUGUACGAACAGAACCGCACAUUGGACCAACCCAAAUGAUGAAAUCUUGGAUCCAAUACGGAGAAAAUCUUUGAGGAGAAAGACGUGAAUUCUCACGUUGAGGAAGAGUGGUGCUCAUCACCGAAUACAGACAUUGCCCUCCAAACCCCUCGACGUAAUAUUGUGAUAUUUUUCUAAAAUGUAAAUAGAAUCUUCGAAAGUUUCGGACUUUCCAUUCUUUAGUGAGCAAAGAAGGUUGUCAAUGGAA